AAUAACAAAAUACAAACUACAAUGAUACAAUGAUACAGUAAGAGUUUAAAAGUGUUGAUGUUAAGGAUGUUCUUUACUAUAUGGAGUAUUUUUAUGAGAGAGAUAUGUGAAUGCAAUUGUAAAAAUUGGAUGGAAUAAUUAUUUGUAAUAAUCGAAUAGUUAUCUAAUUUGAUCAGCCUUUAGAAUCAUAUAAAAAGAAAACAAAGCCAAACUUGACUCAUAAGAUUUAUGUUCUCAAUUUACCUAUAGGUUCUCUAUAAUAAUAAGUUAAUGCAGAAGAUUAGGAAAGAAUUUUGGACAUGAUUUUUCAAAACCAAUUAUUUGGAUGUAUGAAAUAGUAAGUUCAACAGAAAUUAAAUUGUAUAUUAAUGAGAAAGUUUGUAAGUGGAUCUGCAGAAUUUAUAUAAUUAAAAUGGAGUUUAGUUUAGGGAAAACCUUUAUGCAUUUAUUUUAAAUAGAUCAGGGCUAUGAAAGUAAUGCAAAAAAAUUUGAUAACAUCUCAAAUAAUACUAGGAAUCCAGUUCAAUUUGAAAAAUAUAAGGGUAGAGAGAAGGUUGUGCAAAGUAGUUGUAGGAAUAGAAACAAUGAGAUGAUAAU